CUGCGAAACACAUGGUAACGCUCGCCAGAGAUAUUGAUCAGAAAAAAAAUAACCAGCAUGGCCGCAAUUAAAGCUUUGAAUCCGAAAGCCGAAGUAGCCAGAGCAGCACAGGCUCUUGCAGUUAACACAAGUGCAGCUAGAGGACUUCAAGAUGUCCUACGAACCAACCUUGGACCAAAAGGGACCAUAAAAAUGUUGGUUUCUGGAAGUGGAGACAUCAAGCUCACUAAGGAUGGCAAUGUUUUGCUGCAUGAAAUGCAAAUUCAACACCCCACUGCAUCCAUGAUAGCAAAGGUUGCAACUGCUCAGGAUGAUAUCACUGGAGAUGGAACAACCUCCAAUGUCCUCAUCAUUGGAGAGCUUCUCAAGCAAGCUGAUCUCUUCAUCGCUGAGGGACUUCAUCCACGCAUUGUGACUGAGGGCUUUGAGUUGGCCAAAGAAAAGGCAUUGGAGACCCUUGAUGAUAUAAAGGUUUCCCAGGAGAUUAACAGGGAUAUUCUCAUCAAUGUGGCACGUACUUCACUCCGCACCAAGGUCCAUCCUCAGCUCGCUGAUCUCCUCACAGAGGUGGUAGUAGAUGCAGUUUUAGCCAUCAAGAAGCCCAACGAGCCCAUUGAUCUUCACAUGGUUGAGAUCAUGCAGAUGCAGCAUCGCAGUGAUACCGAUACCUCCCUGGUGCGCGGCCUGGUGAUGGACCACGGAGGGAGGCAUCCUAACAUGAAGAAACGUGUGGAGAAGUCUUUCAUCCUCACCUGUAAUGUGUCCAUGGAAUAUGAGAAGAGUGAGGUAAACGCCGGGUUCUUCUACAAGUCUGCUGAGGAGAGGGAGAAGCUUGUCCAGGCUGAAAGAGCUUUCACCGAUGAAAAGGUUCAGAAGGUGAUUGACCUCAAGAGGAAGGUCUGUGAGGGAAACGACAGAGGAUUUGUUGUCAUCAACCAGAAGGGUAUUGAUCCCCUAUCAUUGGAUAUGCUUGCUAAGGAAGGUAUCAUGGCACUACGUAGGGCCAAGAGAAGGAACAUGGAAAGGUUACCCCUGGCCUGUGGUGGUGUGGCAGUUAACUCCUUUGAUGAUCUCACCCCAGAAGUUCUAGGUGAAGCUGGACUGGUCUAUGAGCAUGUCUUGGGAGAGGACAAGUACACAUUUGUCGAGGAAUGCAAGAACCCUCAAUCAGUGACUAUCAUGAUCAAGGGCCCAAACAGACACACCCUCACCCAGAUCAAAGAUGCUACUCAUGAUGGUCUCAGAGCUGUCAAGAAUGCCAUUGAUGAUGGUUGUGUGGUUCCAGGAGCAGGUGCCCUUGAAGUGGCCAUCUAUGCUGCCCUACAGAAGUUCAAGGAGACAGUCAAAGGUCGUGCUAGGCUUGGUGUCCAGGCCUAUGCCGAGGCUCUUCUGGUCAUUCCCAAGGUCCUGGCCCAGAACUCUGGUCUAGAUGCCCAGGAGACCAUGGUCAAGCUACUAGAGGAGUAUGCAGAGUCUGGUCAACCUGUCGGGGUCGACAUAUCAUCAGGUGAAGCAGUAGUUGCAUCAACAGUAGGAAUCUGGGAUAACUAUUGUGUGAAGAAACAGAUUCUUCAUUCAUGUACCGUCAUCGCCAGUAACCUCCUCCUCGUAGACGAGAUCAUGAGAGCUGGGUUAUCAUCGCUCAAAAAUACAGCAGGGUGAUUUUACCCGCCAACUAGUCUAACCAGCUUAAGUAAUAAUAUUGUCGUAAAUUAAUGUCUUUUUGUUAAGUCAACAAAUGCCCAUUCAUUCAUACUGGUGUGUUCGUUUAAAGAGAUUGUGUGUUUUUCAGCCAAUAUCUAAUAGAUAUGUGAUAGUAGGUUUCCGCUUUCCAGACUUCAGAAGAAGCAACACAGUAUGUGCUCUCGGACGCUGGUAUGAAAUUAAAUAAUGGUUUUCCGUUUCAUGAACUCCGAGAGGCAUUGGUUAUGAGUUGAUAACAGUUCUCAGACAUAGCCUUUGUAGUUGUUGCCUAACCAAAACAAGUCUCCAGUUCUAAAUUCUUAGCUUUCAUAUGGCUACCUGUUCAUAGCCAAUGAUCAGUCAUGGUUAGAUGAUCAAUACCAUGAAGGGGGUGUUGCAUCAACAUUUCCUUCCAGCACCUGACAACUUUCCUUGAUUAUGAUUGGCUGAGAGGCAAUGUUGCCAUAGUAACUGUCGGUUAAAACAGUACUUGUUGGAUAGGAUAAAAUGUCUGACAAGUCCUUUCAUGAAAUGCUCCCCUUCAUUUUCAUCAGAUUUCAAGGGGCGUCAUGGUCUAGUGGUUAUGACUCUCGUCUCUCAAUCAGAGGGAUGUGGGUUUGAAUCCCAGCCUUGGCCCGUUUUCCUUCAAGAAAUUAACCCACAUUGUGCUGCACUCAACCCAGAUGAGGUGAAUGGGAACCCAGCAGAAUUAAUUCCUUGAAAUGCACUGAGUGUUGAAAGGCUGUUGGAGCUAAAAGCUGGGGUAAUAAUAACAACAACAAUGCGCCUCGGAAUAGAUUACUUCUAGAUAGAUGGCGCAAUAUGAAUGCCUAUUAUUAUUAUUAUGUUUAUAUUCCUAUUUGUUGCAUCCUAGUGUCAAUAUUGAAGAAAAUGCAUGUGAAAUUACCCUGUACAGUGGACUCUUGUAUCAGUCUACAAGUAUAAUUGUAAUUCCAGGGGAGCAUUUUAUGAAACAAAUAGUGGUUUCAACUGACUAUGAAGCUCUGAGCCAAUCAGAUGCAAGGAUUUCAGUAGCUUAAAACAGUAAAUAAAAAUCACUUGCUAAUGGGCUUCAUAAAAUAUUCCCAUGAUGUAUACAGAGUUGCCAAGUACAUGUAGUACUGGUUUUCGGUAAUUAUUACUUAAAUAUGAGAAAGAAUACUGGUGGUUUCAUGCAAAUUACUGAUUUCUUAAGUUUCAGUUUGUGUGUUGUCCUAUUGUAUUUCUGUGAUAAUACUGAUUUUCUUACCAAAAUACUGAUUUCAGAUUGGAAUACUGAAAUGUUUUUUAUUAGGUUGGCAUCUCUGUGUAUAUCUACUUGGCGUAAAAGGCUGAGAGUUGAAUACAAUGUCAUGUGGGCAUUAUCAUCAAUGAACAUGGUCUAUGUGGGAGCUGUACCUCAUUUUCUAAUAUGUGCAACCAAUCUGUUGUAUUUAUUAGGAUGUAUUUUAAUCAGGGAAAUAGCAAUAUAAAAAGAAAGAAGCUACUGUUAUAAACUUCUGAAAUCAUGUCAUAUUAUUGGCUGAUGAUGAAGUUGCGACAGAGUUCUUGCAAUUGCAAUUAAUAACAAGUUUUAUGAAAAUGGACCAGGUGCUACUCGAAUGUUAGAUAAUAUGAAUGAAUGGGCAUUUUGUGACUAGUUUGACUUUGUGAUGAUGCAGGGCUAUUUAGCACCAUCUCUUAUUUGUUACAAAUAUUUGUAAUUUUUUUGUCUACAUAUUUAAUGUCACAUAAAGUUAUGCUGAAAGCUUGCAACUGCAACCAAGAAAUUAUGAGAUAAGAUGAAAAGACCCACAAUGAAUUGAAAAUUUAAAGACCCAAGAAUUGCUGAAAUCAAACUUUUCAUAAUGUCUAUAUUUGUUCUCAAGAUACAAAACAUUCUUGACGGCUGAUAGUCCAUUCCAUUCAUGCUUUUCAUUUGAAGAUAGGUUAAUCUCUUGUCUAAACAGAGUUCCAAUAAGCUACACAAAAUGCACAAGUCUUUAAUGGCAAUCAGUUAAUAUACUGGUUUAGAGUAAGAAAUAUAGAUUCUUUUUACUGUAACUGCUCCAUUUGUUCCUUGAUUUUUAAGGCAUUUCUAGGUGGUAGAUAGGGCACAUAUGAUCUUUAAAGUAGGUACCCGAUCAAAUCAACGGUAUGUAUCGGCUUGUUACCAGGGGGUUGAGGGUUGGACAUUUUGAAAUUCUGGUAUAAAAAAAUGAUGAGUAACCUACGGAUUAUGAAAACCAGAAAGUCUAAACACUAUCUCACUUCAUACUGC